CCGACGCCGACGAAGUUCCAUCCGACGAGCUCGAAUAAUAUCAAUGUCUUCUUCACCAUCGCUGUCGUCGACGCCCACCCUUACUAGCCCAAGUGAUCAGUCGACGACGAGUCAAACUUCUACCGCGGGAGAUAACCAACAGCCAUCCACAUCUACCACGCUAUAUCUCUUCACGUUCCUCGCCACACUUUUCGUUCUCCUUCUCAUUUCCGCCUCUAUCAUAUUCCGUUCCUUCCUCGUUCGCCGUCGCUUUCGUCAGCGUGUCGAAGACGCUUUGGCACAAGGAGUCGUUCUUGACCUACAACCAUCAGUAUUCGGCCUUACUUCACGGUACAUUGGAGAGAAACCCAGCGUCUAUGAAGCCUGGGUUGAACAGGGCGCGCCACGUGAGAAAUCCCAGUGGCAAGCUAUCAUGCCUGUCACUGCUCUUCUAACACAUAGGGUCGAACCUACUGCGGAACCCCGAUUACCUCAUGAGUCUCCACAACAACAGCGACCCUCAUUCCUUGCGCGCUUCAAGCGACAUUCUCCAUCUCCCGAUUCGCAUCCAGCUACAAUCAUUCGAGACCAUACCUCCCCGGAUGACUCUGUCUCCGUCUGUGUCCUGAUCUCCAUGCCUCACCCAGAUUCCCCAAUGCGCUUUAAGCGUUCACUGGAAGAUUCGGUCAAGUCGGAAAUAAUUGACGGCAAAGAUCCGAACCUUGGCGUAACCACAGGGAGGGCUAGUGAUGAGGAAGGCGUCCCAAACGUUGUUUUUGGCGUCGCCGAACUUCCUGUGCUUGGUGGCUGGACGGAGGCAACAAUGGCGUAAUAUUUUCAGUGAAACACUUUCCUGGUAUGACAGACACGAAUAGUGUGGUAAUACGAUACUUAUAUCGAACGGUAUGAACUUUUUCACGUUUAACUUAUCUUGAUUCUGCAUCAUCACGAUACUGUACUCUUGUCUUGUAACACUUACUACCACUUAUUCACACACCGUGAUACACCAUUCUAGUAUGCAUGUGUAGUUAGGAACAACAGGAAUGUCCCGAUUA